AAAAAUAAAAAAAAAAAAAAAAAAAAAAAAAUUAUGAUAAAAUUUCACUUCCGUUUCUGCUUCUGCUUUUUAAAACGCUUCACAAAUUAUCGAAAGAAAAAAUAACUACAAGUACAUAAGCGCACUUUUUUAAAAUUACCAAAACGUUUGCAACGAAGGAGACCAACACAAAUGUACAUUUUGUAUGCCCGAGUUCAAAUGAUCAUGCGAUGAAAAUUUACGCGGUCGUUUAUGCGAUUGCGCAUUUUGAGAUACCUCCUCUGGGUGAAAUUGGGAGUCUCCGCAGGGAUGUACAAAACAGCAGCGGUUGGCAAUCAUGCGGUCGCACUUCUAUUCAUACCAAGUACAUGCGUAGGUAUCUCCCAAUGGGCAUACACGCGUAGAGGCGAAAUAGGCACAGCUCGCCAAACAGUCAAAAAGGAAUACAACGCCAUAAGAGUUAUUCUAAAAUUAAAGCUCUUUUUUGCAUAGCUGUCAAGGCGUUCCAUAGUGUAUAAUUAGUAUAGCAAUAAGGACGAUUAAACAAAAUGUUCAAAUUUCAGCAGCUAAGAACAGGGUGGAAUGAACUGGGGAGGACGGCAAAAGUAGUGUACGGGUGCUUCUUCUUCAACAUCAUUUUGCUCAUGGGGAUAACCACUAGAAGACACAUGGCUAACAAAAGGGCGGUUGACUUUUAUACAAACAAAAUCAUAGAUUCCAACAGCGAAAACGACGACUGGAGUUGUUACAACUCGGCCAAGCAGUAUCGCUACGAGUGCGCGUACUUGAGCGAGGAAGAAAUUGAACAGCUGGGCAUAUGUCAAAAACUGCAUGUGGAACUGGAGCACUGCCGAAACGAUCUGUACAAACAUAUACGGGAAGACACUCCCGCCAUGAAAAAAACUCCGUACAUCAUAAACAAGCCAACGUGGAUCAGAGACCCAGCUUGGUUUCAAAAUAUGCAAAGCGAAAAAAGUGACUAA